AUGGGAAGAAGGGCUACUUCGCCGACACUCACUCCAUUGGCAAUGUUAAUGACAGGGGAACAUCUUUUCAAGUUGCUGCUAGCUGCUUUAGUAAGACAUAUGCUCUCCUCAGGCGCUUUUCUGGUUGAAAUCGCUGAGCAGCUCCCUUCCGCAACAUCUGAACUGGAAGUGUUUCCCUCUAUCGUCCUGGAUGCACUUUGCGGAGGAAUCAGCGUCGCAAACCUUUCUCCUGGUCCGUACUCCAACAUGAAUAGGCAUACGUUGGCGGAACUUUGUUCUGCAUUCUUCGUCUUUCAGACCUACCGUGUGGAGUUUAGUCAAGGUGAAACUCUUCAGUUCCUCUUGAGCAACAAUAAAGAUGAGGAGAACUGGGCUGUGGUCGGCAUUGAAUGUGACAUCUCGAAAAGCUCUGCAUUUACAGAUAUCUGA